UCUCCACAAACUUUCAAUUUCAAAUCCUUUCCUUGUGGAAUCCCAUUUGCAGCAAUUAAAGGCGAAAAGAUGGUACAAUGAGAACGAAAAGCUCCCUGCUUCGCUAAAAAGGUGUUUCCUUUUUUCCCUGACCAAAGCAGUAAGUCUUCUCUUUUCACGCUUUUAUCUUACACAACCCAAAACCCAAAGCCACAUUCUUCUCUUCUUUCUCAACCUUCAUUGGUGUUUCCUUUUUUCCCUGACCGAAGCAGUGAGUCUUCUCUUUUCACGCUUUUAUCUCACACAACCCAAAACGCAAAGCCACAUUCUUCUCUUCUUUCUCAACCUUCAUUGGUGGCUUUUUCACAAGCUCGGAAACAAAAAUACCCCACUGGCACCGAACCCAACACCCCAAAACUCACUCACCAAAACUGGAAAAGACGAGGUAGAGAAAAGAAGAACACUGAACAAGAAGUAAAAGAAUGGCAAGAGAGAAGAUUCAGAUCAAGAAAAUUGAUAACGCUACAGCUAGACAGGUGACUUUUUCCAAAAGGAGAAGAGGGUUGUUUAAGAAAGCUGAGGAGCUCUCCAUUCUUUGUGAUGCGGAUGUUGCUCUUAUUAUUUUUACAUCUACCGGCAAGCUCUUUGAGUAUGCUAGCUCAAGCAUGAAGGAGAUACUAGAAAGGCACAAUUUGCGCUCAAAGAAUCUUGAGAAGCUGGAACAACAACCUCUUGAGUUGCAGCUUGUAGAGAACAGCAACCUCUCCAUGCUGACUAUGGAAGUAGCAGAGAAAAGUCAUCAACUAAGGUAUACAUUUAUUUUGCUUCUUAUUAGUUUGUUCAAAUUAUGUAUAUGGAUAUACUGUGAUUUUGCCCAAAACAGGCAAAUGAGGGGUGAGGAACUCCAAGGAUUAAAUUUUGAAGAACUAGAACAGCUGGAAAAGUCUCUGGAAGCUGGGCUGAGCCGCGUGAUAGAGAAAAAGGGUCAAAGGAUUAAGAAUGAAAUCGAUGACCUUCAAAGAAAGGGAAUGCAAUUGUUGGAGGAAAAUGAACGAUUGAAGCUGCAAAUUUCUAAUGGCCAACCACAAGUCGCUGGUGAUUCAGAGAAUAUGUUUUGUGAGGAAGGUCAGUCAUCGGAGUCUGUGACCAACGUUUGCACCUCUAAGGGUACUCCACACGACCAUGAAAGCUCCGAUACAUCCUUGAAGCUAGGGCUACCAUAUUCGGGUUAAUUAGAAAGGCUUGAGGAGAUCAACUUACUCUUAAUGAAGUGCAAACCUAACCCCUCCACGUUUGUAGGUACAAUAGCUUUAUGUGUGACUUUGAGAGAUCAAAAUUGGAAAUUUGAUACAGGACCUAAGCACACAAUCUUCUCAGUUGCCUGAAUAUUAAAGCAACUCAUGCAAUAUCUUAGCUUUACCAAGGCACUCGUUUAGUUCGUCUGAUAAGCCUCUAUGUAUAGUACCGUGGCAUUGACACUUGAUAACUAAAGGGAAGAUAUAUUUAUGAAUGUAAUGUAUAUGUAUGGAUGAUUACUUUUAUGUUUUAAAAAUGUUAGAACUAAUAUAUGCUUGGAUGGU